AUGUCACAGGUCAUACACAACCACGUGUUGCGUGUUGGACAGACCGUGUGCGUUUCCUCACAGGAGGAAAGCAAGAGCUUGCACCCGGCGGGGUACCCGGGCUGCUCGGCGCUGCCGAGGCAGUACGCCUACUACUCGACGGAGGGCUGGGCUGACCCGUCCGCGAUGGUGCACACCAGCGCACGCCGGCUUCCCAGCGGAGGGCUCUACGGAGCCCACCCCGUGUUUGAGCGUGUGGCUGCUCACGCGCAGGGGAAGGGGCAGCAGGACACCUCUUCGGAGACACCCGCUGCCCCGUGUCACCCAAAGGAGGAGGAGGACAGCGGCGCGGAUCCUGAGGCUCACCUGGUGUCUCCUACCUUGGACAUAUCAAUAGAGAGUCUCAACCAGCUGAUCCUCGAAAUCGACCCGACGUUUCAGCCGCUCAUGUGCAAGCCGGUGAAGGACGGGGUCCAGGCUGCUUCUCGGGGCGACGCUGCUGCCGCCAAGAAACAAGACCCAGAGGCAAUAGGUCUCGGCAAGCACCGGCGGCGCACCGCUGGCGAGGGGGGUCUGCGCAGGCAGCCGUGCCCGCGGGUAACCCCUCUGCCCUGGGAGCCCGCCAGCGCCAGGCCCGUGCAGGUGGUGAGGGCCCAGCAGAGGAGCAGCUGGGUCUCCCUGCUCUCCACUAGCCCCGGCUCGGACACCAGUUACGUCCUUGGAAGCAGCACCCACUCGCUUCACAACGACGACUCGGAUGCUCACCCCGCCGCUUGCUGCUCCGCUGACUGGCCGUCCCCUGCCAGCUCCCUGGGCAGCCCCUGCCCCCCUUCCCCGAGCAUCAGAUCUCACUCUGGAGAAGCUUUUGGCCUGAGUCCCCACCAGCCCAGGGCAGCCUGCUCCACCAAAGUCAACCCCUCGCCAUCCCAGAAGGGACAGGCCAGCAGCUGCCCCCCCUCCAUCCUCAACUCCGCAGCCGACAUCCCAGUGCUGCUGGUGAACGGGUGCCUGGAACCAGGAGAUGCAUCUUCCAGGCUGGACAAAGCCCCCCCAGCCUCUGUCAAGCAGACCCCCGCUCCCAGCUGCAGCCCGGCCUCGAGGCUCGGUGGCCUGAACAACGCGCUGUCGGCACCAGCUCUGUCCUGCGCCUCGGACAGUCCCCUCAGGGCUGGGCAGCCGACCAUGAAGUUUGUGAUGGACACCUCCAAGUACUGGUUCAAGCCGAGCAUCACCAGGGACCAAGCAAUCCAGCUGCUGCAGGACAAGGAGCCAGGCACGUUCGUUGUGCGGGACAGCACGUCCUACCGGGGGUCUUUUGGACUGGCGAUGAAGGUUCCCGCCUCUCCCUCCGGCAGCCAGACAGCCCCGCUUGCAGGCGAUGAGAGCAGUGACCUCGUCCGGCACUUCCUCAUCGAGUCGUCUGCCAAAGGGGUGCGCUUGAAAGGAGCCAGCGAGGAGCUGUAUUUCGGGAGCCUCUCUGCCUUCGUGUACCAGCACGCCAUCACCCCGCUGGCGCUGCCCUGCAAGCUGAGCAUCCCCACCCGAG